UCAGUGAGCUGGGAGCGGAUGGAGCCAUCAUUCUAGCUUGAGCAGCUCCAAGAUCUCCACGUAAAUCGAAAGGCUGAGCCACAAUGUUCCUGUUCAUUCUCGCUGCCGCGCUUCUUCCCGCGGCCCUCUCAGCUCCUCUGGCCGACUGUGAUGUGCUAACCCGGCAGGUGCAAAUUCAAGGUCGCGACCAGUUCUUAGGCGUGUGGACGUACGUGGCGGAAAGUACCAACAUGCCAGGAUCCAAAACUCUCACCAAGAUGUUUGUGGACAACGUGUGGGGGAAAAUCUAUCCGGCCAAUGAGAGUGACUCCUUCUUUGUGUUUCAAGUCCAAAAAAUGUUGGGCCGUUGCUUCAGUGUCACUUCGAAGCUGACCUUAGUGAACAACACCCUCCACAUGGAGUAUCCCAUCUCUGCAACUGAGGUUCUCAUGACGACCAGCUGCCCCGACUGCAUCCUUUUGUUGUCCAAUUAUACCCUUGGAGAAAGCACGUAUAUGGGCAUGCAGCUUCUGACCAGGAGACCCAAGGUGACAAGUGCCGAGAUGGACGAGUUUAAGAGGCAGGCGGCAUGUCUGAACUUACCCUCACCCACCGUGCUGGACUCAGACAAAGGUUUUUGCACAGAUUCAUCAGCUUCCAAAGACUCAGAGACCGUUGAUCUGACCUCAGCCAUCAGUCAAACCGACCCAGAAUACAUGAAAAUACUGGACAAGAUGCUCAGCAGUCAAAGUGGAAUAAAGAUGAUUAUGGAUUCAAUUUCAAACUAAACAAAAAAAAAACAA